CCUCCCCCACCCCUCCCCGUGCGAGUGUCUCCCUCUCCCUCUCGCUCUCUCUCCCUCUCUCUCUCUCUUUUGUGAGUUAUAGCAACCGUUGCCUUGUGAAUCAAGCGCCAUAGUCACCGUAGUCCUGGCGACUGUUACCCAUCAACAACAACUACUCCUCUCCUCCUCCUCCUCCUCUUCCUCCUCCUCCUCCCCACCACCACCACCAUCUCCAUCACCCACCAACAACACCACAAUAAUCCACAGCCAAGUAUUUACAUUUUUACCUGUUCAAAUCUAACAAGUUGGAACUGUUUCUUGGAUGGAGACCAUCAUGCAGACAUCAGAGACUGGGUCAGACACAGGCUCGACAGUGACCUUACAAACUUCGGUGGCUAGUCAAGCAGCAGUGCCUACACAGGUGGUACAGCAAGUACCAGUACAACAACAGGUACAGCAGGUACAGACUGUGCAGCAGGUACAACAUGUCUAUCCAGCUCAGGUGCAGUAUGUGGAAGGAAGCGAUACUGUCUAUACCAAUGGAGCAAUCCGAACAACAACGUAUCCUUACACAGAGACGCAGAUGUACAGCCAAAACACUGGAGGGAAUUACUUUGAUACUCAAGGGAGUUCCGCCCAGGUGACUACCGUGGUCUCAUCCCACAGUAUGGUGGGCACUGGUGGGAUUCAGAUGGGCGUCACAGGAGGACAACUCAUCAGCAGCUCUGGAGGAACCUAUCUGAUCGGCAACUCAAUGGAGAAUUCUGGUCACUCAGUGACACACACAACUCGGGCCUCCCCAGCGACAAUUGAAAUGGCGAUUGAGACGCUGCAAAAGUCUGACGGUCUGUCCACUCACAGAAGCUCUCUUCUCAACAGCCAUCUCCAGUGGCUGUUGGACAAUUACGAGACAGCAGAAGGAGUGAGCCUUCCCAGAAGCACUCUAUACAACCACUACCUUCGACACUGUCAGGAACACAAACUGGACCCAGUCAAUGCUGCCUCUUUUGGAAAAUUAAUAAGAUCAAUUUUUAUGGGGCUGCGAACCAGGAGAUUGGGCACUAGAGGAAACUCCAAAUACCACUACUAUGGGAUUCGUGUCAAGCCAGAUUCCCCUCUUAAUCGUCUGCAAGAAGACAUGCAGUAUAUGGCUAUGAGGCAACAACCCAUGCAGCAGAAACAAAGGUACAAGCCUAUGCAGAAAGUGGAUGGGGUUGCAGAUGGUUUCACAGGAAGUGGUCAACAGACAGGCACAUCUGUUGAGCAAACUGUAAUUGCCCAAAGCCAACAUCAUCAACAGUUUUUAGAUGCAUCUCGAGCACUUCCAGAGUUUGGAGAAGUUGAAAUCUCUUCUCUGCCAGAUGGUACUACCUUUGAGGAUAUCAAGUCACUGCAGAGUCUUUAUAGAGAGCACUGUGAGGCAAUAUUGGACGUUGUUGUGAAUCUUCAAUUUAGCCUGAUAGAAAAAUUGUGGCAAACAUUCUGGCGCUAUUCUCCCUCUACUCCAACUGAUGGCACUACCAUUACUGAAUCAAGCAAUCUGAGUGAAAUAGAAAGUCGACUUCCGAAAGCAAAGCUGAUAACUCUGUGCAAACAUGAGUCUAUCCUGAAAUGGAUGUGUAACUGUGACCAUGGGAUGUACCAGGCUUUGGUGGAGAUUCUCAUCCCCGACGUCCUUAGACCUAUUCCUAGUGCCUUGACCCAAGCCAUUCGAAAUUUUGCAAAAAGCCUUGAAGGUUGGCUUUCCAAUGCCAUGAACAAUAUUCCACAGAGAAUGAUACAAACCAAGGUUGCCGCUGUAAGUGCCUUUGCCCAGACUCUGCGAAGAUACACGUCGCUCAAUCACCUGGCCCAGGCAGCUCGUGCAGUGCUUCAGAACACUUCCCAAAUCAACCAGAUGCUUAAUGACCUCAACCGUGUCGACUUUGCCAAUGUCCAGGAGCAGGCUUCCUGGGUGUGCCAGUGUGAUGACAACAUGGUUCAGAGACUAGAAACAGAUUUCAAGAUGACUCUUCAGCAGCAGAGCACCCUGGAGCAGUGGGCUGCGUGGCUUGACAAUGUGAUGAUGCAAGCACUGAAACCCUAUGAAGGAAGACCCAGUUUUCCUAAAGCCGCCAGGCAAUUUCUGCUAAAAUGGUCUUUCUACAGCUCAAUGGUUAUUCGGGACUUAACCUUACGCAGUGCUGCUAGCUUUGGCUCCUUCCACCUGAUCCGUCUACUCUACGACGAAUAUAUGUUUUACUUAGUAGAACAUCGUGUUGCUCAGGCAACAGGAGAGACUCCCAUAGCAGUCAUGGGCGAGUUUGGUGAUUUAAAUGCCGUGUCUCCUGGAAAUCUGGAUAAAGAUGAAGGCAGUGAAGUGGAAAGUGAAAUGGAUGAAGAACUGGAUGACUCUUCAGAGCCUCAAGCCAAAAGAGAGAAAACAGAGCUGAGCCAGGCAUUUCCAGUGGGCUGCAUGCAGCCUGUUCUCGAGACUGGCGUGCAACCAAGCCUCCUGAAUCCAAUUCACAGCGAGCACAUUGUCACAAGUACUCAGACUAUCAGACAGUGCAGCGCUACAGGAAAUACCUACACUGCAGUCUAAAGAAUAUUAAAGCGUAUUUCUCCAGCUUACAUUAACCCUGUUGAUAUUGGGCUUAAGUUGAAAAUUUAAUAAGCCUGAAGGUCGACUGUUGUCAAAUUCUAUCUGUGCUGAACAUUAACUUUUUGGAGUUGUGAAAUGGAAUGGGUGUAUGUAUUUUGCCAGAUUUUUUUUUUUAACGUAAACAAAUUAUUUGCCUCUUAAUAAUGAAUUUUUUCCCUUAGUUUCAGGUGUCAAGAAGGAUUUUUACAACACUUAAUGUCAAUGUUUUGUUUUCUUAUAAUUAAAAAGUAAUUUACAUUUUUUUGUAGCUUAAAAUAUUUUAUUGUUGAUUGUUAGUCUUGGUGUAUGAUUUCAUGUGUAAGUUUUUAAAUUAGAUGCACUUCUGUGAAAUAUCAAAAGAAAUGAUUGUUUUGAUUGACACUGGAGGCAUGCCCAUUUGGCAGCAGAUGCAUCAAAUUUGCUUUUGAAAGGUGCUUUUCAUUGGACAGAACCAUAAGACACUAUUUUGAUAACAUUUUGAGUACGGAGAGAGAAUACAGAGCAUUUUUAUUAUAGUGCUAGAGGGUUUGGAAGGUCAUCUAUUUUUCUCUGAGGAAAAAUUGAGCUGUGCAUUUAUCAGUUCAGAGUAAAUGACAGAAUUGCAAGAGAUUAUGCUAAUAGGUACAUAGUUUGUGUACAUAAUUAUUAAACCAUGUUAACAAUGCAAGCUUCCGUUAAACAUUGAAUUUUAACUAUUAUUUGCAUACCAAUUCCUCUGUUUAAAGACUACUGAUUCUGUAUUUGGGACCACUGCACAGAUGCAUUCUGCUGUUAAGUGGGGGCUGUUAUAGUUAGAUACUGAAGCAGGAAAAAAUGACUUGACUUUUUUUUUUAAGUGUACAUGCUACUUAUGCUGAACUGGACAUACAGGAAACCAUUCCAUUUGGAUGACUUUCUUUUAUUCCAGGUCUUUUUCCUAAUAGUAGUUCAAUAUGCUGCUAUUAUAAACGAGAAUUUAUAGAAUGCACGGAAUGUAGCAACCUACAUAAUGUUAUUUCCUUCAAAACUAUUUCCUGGUUUCUAAAGUAUGUGGAUUUAAAUUGUAAACAGAACCUGAAGGCAGUGUAACUGGCACACCUCACUGUUACUUAUCCCCAAUUCUGUAGGAUUCGGAUAGGUGGCUGGAUGGACCAUUGCCAUUGAAGAAUGUACAUCAGGGAUCAUCGUACCUCGGCUAUUACAUGGUGCCUUAAAACAGAACUGAAGCUAAGGUUUAGUAAGGUUUAUUUUGUUCAUGUGACUAACUCUUCAAUCCAUUUGACAAAGUGUGCCUGUCAUUUUCAGAUUCCCGAAGUAAGGACAGGUGACAUGUUCUUCAAAGGAAAUUUAGGGAAAACAAAGCAAAACAAAAAGACAAAAAUCAGUUCCCCUCUUUGAGUGACCGUGGAUCUAUUUUUUAUUCUUAGAGCUGAAUAUUACUUGAUUACAAAUCAGAUUGCUUAAGGGUGUGGAAUAGCAGGCUAGUUUUAAUACCAACUUGUUACAUAAAAUCAUAUAUGUUUUAGACCAUUCUUAUUUAGUUACAAUUUUAGAAAGUUAACAAAGUAAGCAGGUACUUAUCGAAGUGCAUCUUUUCAGUCUAAAUGUUUGUCUGUGUGUCUAGGUGCUGGUGUGUCCACAUGCACACAUGAGUGCCCAUGGGGCAGGAGUCUGCUACAAAGUCAGAAGGUGAGAUCCUAGAGAGUUAUACCCAGCCCCAUUUUAAUUUGCAUGAAAAGCAAGGUUCUUUUAAGCACUCAAAUUAUUUAAUGAUUAAAACACAAAAAAAGGCACAUCUGUUCAUUUAAAUAGUUGUAAAAAACUAAUCAGCAAAAAUAAAUAGAUAAUAAAGCCAAAAAAAGGAAAGCACAAAAUGAUUGACAGAUUAUCAAAUGAGGCCUAUAUUAAAACCAAGAUGUUUAUCUUUCCAGUGAUAUUGGGGUAAGGGGGGUGGGGGGUUGGAAAGAAGAGGUGAGCCAGUCUGUAAAGUUAGAAAUACCAAAUGGCUUAUCAAUACACAGUGUAUUUAAGCUGCUGUUGCUUGAUUGCCUCAGACUACUCAAAUAACAUCAACAACAUUUCUUAAGUAAAAUUUAAAUAUUUUAGAUGUAAUUUUAAAAACUGAUCCAAAUUUUUUAUUUUACAACUCAUAUAUUUGAAAGUCUUCACUAGCAUGGUAGCAUCACCUUCAUCUCAAUAUCAUUUAAAUUACUGUCCCCCUUUUUCCUCCCAAAAAGACAAUGGAUUUGUACCAAAACACACACACAAAAGGCAAACAAAAUAUGGUAAGCUGCAAAAGAUCAUGUAUCUACUUCAUUGUGCAUAGGAAGUGUUUACAGGUAAAAUUAAAAUCAAAAAUUGAAAAAACACUCUUCAUUUUGGCUCUUCUUUCUGAAUUUUUUCAGUUUCCUGUCUCUACCCACCAUCCUUUGAAUGAUACCAUAUCUGUAUUGGACCAAAUGUAUUUAUUGGUUUCAUUUUGUUUAUUGGAUGACUUUAAAUGUAUUUAUUAUCAUUGUUUCCUUUAAUUUAAUGUUGGAUAUAUUUGUAUCAUUACAGGAAUCUGAUAAUAAUGGGCAAAUUUAGAUUGAUGAGGCUUAGGGAUCGGGGAUGCUCCAGGAUUCAACAUUUCUUCCAAUUGUUCAUGGUUUGUUCUAAAUUAGGACAGAUUAAGAACUAAUAAACAUGAUUACAUUUGAACUAGACUCAAUAAAAAUAUUCUGAUCUCCUUUAUGAAUAUUUAGGAAUAUUCUUUGUGACUAAUGUGAGGAGUUUGGAUCAAAACAUAAAAAGAAGACCUAUGGUUUAUGCUACUUCUGGUGAUUUGUAGUUCACAGUAAAACAUGCACACACAUACACACAAACAUUUUCAUCAAUUUCAAAUUUGAAUUGUGAAAUAUUUGAGAAAAUAAAAACAUAAUUUAUACAUUUGAGCAAAUUGAGCAAUCACAUUUAUUGCAUUUAUUUCCAUUUUUCCCAUUUUUCAUUCAUUGAAACUGGGUUUUCUAAAUAAUAUUAGACACUAACACUCUUAACAGAUUUAUUCACAAAUGACACAAGUACACAUUUUAAGACUUAUUUGUAUUUCUUGCAAUUAUAACCAAUCACUAGUCAUGAAAUAUACCUACAUAAACCAAGUGCUACACUUUCAGUGAGGAAGCAUGUAAGGAAGGUAUGUUGACUGUUUUUAAGUUUCAGAAAAGAUAUUUUCAUAUGAUAGGAUUGAGUAUCAUGGGUAUAGUUUGAUCUUGACAUACUUUGAAAAUCAUACUCAGAAGAUUUGCAUUCAUGAAACCAAUGAACAAUAGGGUGGAAUGGAUGAGCCAUCUCCUUGGAAGACAGGGCCCAAUUUUCAAUUUUUUCUUUGGCUAUCAAGUUGCUAGUCACUUAUUCAGGAUUUUCGUCCAAACUGCGUUUGGACUGACUGUAUAAGUCUUACUGCCUUUUCAGAAAUCUGCUUUCCUUUGUGUGAUUUUUCUUGUACUGUAUAGCACGGUUUAUGCACCUCUCUUUAGAUGGUGUACUUUAAAACAAAGUAAAAUUUAGAAAAUGGUUUUAACACUGCAUACCUAAAAUUAGUAGUGUGCAGCAUUGACUGCCUUUGAUUUGUAGUAAACAAGUAAAAAUGAAUAUGUUCUUGUAGAAUGCUGUAAAAGUCAUUCAGGAAUGAAUACGGUUUUAGUGCCGUAAUCAUGAAUCUUUUUAUAUGAAUGCACUGUCUAAAAGUGCUAAAUGCAUUUUCAAAUUUUUAAAAAUUCCUCAGAUGAUAUAUUUGAAAUGUCUAAAAUAAUGCUGUGCUUGAAACAUUAGUGUAAAAGAAAAAAAAAAAUGUGUGUCACUGUGAUGUUGGUCCUCCCUGUGUGGACACAAGUAGAAAGUAAAAACUUGGCAAGUCACCUUUGUGUACAGUUUGAGGCAGUGGUUAUAUACAAUAAAUUGACCUUUAUUAUAUCCCCCCAACACACACAUUCUUGGUGAGAAAAUAACAACCAUCCAAAAAUUGAGAUCAGAACUUUUGUGAUCUGUAUGAAUCACACCAGAUCAUGGGGGAGGAGGAUUGGCAUGCAGUGCUAUUGAAAAUUGGGCUUGUUGCUAGAUCAGAACAACCUCCAUGUAUAUGGUUAGAACAAAUCAAUUAAUGGAAUCCUAGUAUUUCUGCAAGUUUGGUGAUUUUUAAAAACUGGAAUAGAAGCAUUAAUUCAGUGCUUAGUUCUAGUAUUAGAAAACCCCUUUGAUGUAAUGCCUUGUAUUAACCCUUUGAGCAUUGUAAGAUAUACAAUGGGGGACAAAAGCCUUUCAGAUCAUUUAUUUAGACUUAGACCGGUAAAGUAUACUCUAUAUCCAAAUGUCUAAUUAUGCUGUUUUUUUAAAGGGGGGGGUAGGAAGAGAAAGUGUUUCCACGCCGAACACUUGCAUUUUAUAUACAACUCUUAAUUUUUCUUCAAGAGGGCUUGAUAUAUUUAUUCCCAAAUAUUCACUGCCAUCUAAGUAAGUGUACUGUUUACAGAAAAAAAAAAAAAAUCAACUUUUCUAGCAUCACACCAUAGUUUCUAGAAAAGGAGGACAAAUACAUGGGCCUGGAUAGACCUAUGUCAUAACUGAUUUCUGCACAUUGAAGGUACCUAGAUUGCCUUUAAAAGGUAUAAAGAAAGGGUUAAGUUUCUUUUUUUUUUUUUUCUUUUUUUCCCAAAAUGAAACAAAAGAUCUCAUUUAUUUAGCUUUAGAAAGUACAAGUGUAAGUGAAGCCUUAGGAAGAAACGAGUUCGAGUGGAUUAAGAGAAUCUGAACUCUUUGGGGGCAGUUAGGCUAUUUGGAGUUAGAUCGCUCAUAAAAUAUUGUUUGGGAAUUUCACACAGGGCAUAAUUUUAUCUAUGCUCCAAAACUUUAAUACUUUGUCAAAAAAUUAUAUAUAGAUAGAAUGGAGAGCAAAGCACUUGAUUUUAAGCUCAUCUGUCAGGAGAUGCUAUGACUACUGCUUCUGAUAUCUCUAAAUGUCAGUCUGCUUACACCAUUGCUGAUUUUGUUAAAGGGAAUCUCUUCGUGCACUUGAUUCCCUCUGUUCCCUGCGUGAUCGAACAUGAAAGCAGUGUUGUCUGCAGAUGUGCUUGCGCUGCCCUAGCCGGGCGCAAAUAAGAGUGUAACCUAUUCUGAUGUCUGCUGAAAGGACAUCCAUAGCAUAGUGCAAGUAUGCCGUAAACGUUGCUUUUUAGGCAGUUUAGGAAGUCAAACCAUGCAAAUUACUCAUGUGUUAACAUGCAAUACUCAAAGGGUUUUAAUUUAACUCUCUUCUUUUGAAUUCUUCAUGAUGAUUUACUGUAAAUGCUUCUCAGUUUGCAUGCCUUGAUCAUUGCUGCUAGUGAUUUUAUGUGCCAGUAGACCUGAGUUUAGUUUACCAAUUUUACUUAAAUAGUAAAAGCCACUUACAAAGUGACUGCCUAGGAUUUUUUUUGUUUUCAUUUGAAAUAAUUGAUAAUACUUUUUAAAAAUAUAUAUAUAUGUUUUGUCUCUUCUUUUAUUUGGUUCUGGUGUGAUUAUUUUUCUCCCCUCUUUCCUUUGUUUUUUUAAAUAAAUUAUGAUGUUGGGAUUGGAAGCCCUGAGUAAUGAAAAUCUUUGGUAAGAAUUGUUUAUGUAGCUCAAUAAUGAGGACAACAAAUCUUUUUUAGAAGAAUUUUGAUUCUGGGGAGGAAAGAAAAUACAAAAACUCCCAUUGACUGUUGAUAACCAAGUAAAUUUUUCCUUCAGUAAAUUAGUGUUUUUGAAGAAACGAUCGCCUUGUUUUAACCUGCUAAACAACAAUUUUAAAUAACCCAAUAAAGAAGCUAUUGAAUUUUAUUCGUUUAAAAAGCAUCUUUUGUACCAAAGCAAAUUUUUUUCUCUACUCAUUACCAUCAUCAAUUUGGACCUAUGGUGGUGACCAAUGCAUUGGUUACAGAAACUUUAAGUGAGUGCCUUGAAAAAACUUGGAAAUUUGUGCCUGAGGUGGUAAACUUUUAAUUAGGUUAAUUGUAGUGCUUACCAAUCAGUAACUUCACUAUCACUCAGGGCUUUCGUACCUUCUAGGUAAAACUUCUUUCAUUGUGUUUUUUUAAGAUAACUGUAUUUUUUUUAAGUGCCAUCAUUUAAAUUUCACUUAGUAAGUGGCCGAUUACAUUAUUCAGUCCCACAAGCACAGAAACAUAGUAACACUAGGAGAUAUUUGAACAUUUAUUUUACAAUCGACUGAAUAUAUUAUGUAAAUGAGGUAAGCAACUUUUGUAGAGAUUGUAUGUGUGAGAUAAUGUAAUGUUCUUUUCCAGUUUUUGGACUACAGUUGAAUAAACUUUUUAAUUAUUUAAAAACAUCUUUACCGAAUAACAUGUGAUGGUUUUUUGUAUAAUGUAUUUGAUUUUGUAAAUACGUAUUUCCUGAUGUGAUUUUUGUGAGAAAUGCUAAAUCUUUUAGUAUAUCAUGUCCUCUCAAAAUUGGCAGGAGCUAAAUAAUAGUUUGUGGGCGAUUUGUAUUGUGUACUGUACAAUAACUGGGGAACUUUUAUAAUUAUAAAAAUAUAUAUUAACUUUUAGUGUGUUGUUUAAACAAAUGACUGGAACAUACUAAAGAUAUUAGUAGGAUUUUUCUGAAUAUUUCAGACUUGAACUCAGGCUAGCUUUCUUGUGUUUUUCAAAACAAAAUGGUGUCUUGUCUUUUAAAAUCAAUAAAUUUGUUUCCUUGUUACAAAUA